AUGGGUGCCGAGCACGUCCCAUGGCUUCCCGCUCUCAUGUGCUUCCUGCAAUAUUCCAUAUUAAUCACGUUUGGCCAUUUGCGCGAUAUCGCGGCCCGCAUCUCCGGAAUCUCGCGUUAUCAUUCCGAUAAAACACGCUCUGGAUUGGCUAAGUUGCUUAUUGCUUGGGAAAGUUUUUACACUCGCCGUCUAUACCAUCGCGUUCAGGACGUUUUUAAUCGUCCAGUUGCUAGUGCACCAGGCGCUCACAUCGACCUUAUCAAGCGCGAAUCAAUCGAUGAGAACAAGACAUUUGUGCACUUGAACGAGCCACCACAACAUUGCUUGAAUUUUGGUUCCUACAACUAUCUCGGCUUUGCCGAUGAUUGGAUGCAUACGUGCAGUCGCGAGGUAUUUGCUGCAAUUGAUCAGUUUGCAUUAGCCUCGACUGUACCUCCAAUGGAGUUUGGCACUACAUCGGUGCAUAUUGCACUGGAAAAGGCCGUAGCUAAAUUUAUUGGUAAAGAGGCUGCAAUUGUGUACAAUAUGGGCUACGCCACCAAUGCAACGAGUAUUCCAGCACUUAUGGGCAAAGGAACACUCAUUUUAAGUGAUGCAUUGAAUCACACUUCAAUAGUGAAUGGAGCUCGUGCAUCAGGUGCGACUGUAGGUGUCUUUCGACACAAUGAUCCGAAACACCUGGAAAAGGUCUUGCGUCUUAAGAUUGCAGAAGGUCAACCUCGUACGCACCGCGCAUGGAAGAAAGUCAUGGUCAUGGUUGAAGGAAUUUACUCAAUGGAAGGCGAGAUUGUACGCCUUCGCGAGAUAGUUGACGUGUCGAAGAAAUAUAAAGCCUAUAUUUAUGUGGACGAAGCCCACAGUAUUGGUGCUUUGGGUCGAAAUGGCCGUGGUAUUUGCGAAUAUGCCGGUGUGGAUCCAAGUGAAGUGGAUAUAUUAAUGGGUACGUUUACAAAGAGCUUUGGUGGUAUGGGUGGAUACAUCGCUGCAUCGAAGGAGAUAAUUUACUUCAUUCGUAGCUCAAGCGCCGGGGCAGUCUAUGCGACGAGUUUGUCACCUAUCAUCGCACAGCAGAUACUGACAGCCUUGAAUAUUAUUGCGGGUUUCGAUGGCACGGAUACAGGACGUAAGAAGUUGGACUCACUUCGUGAAAACAGCAACUACUUUCGACAAAAGUUGAUCAACAUGGGUGUCAUAGCACUUGGUGACUUUGACUCACCUGUAAUUCCGGUGAUGCUUUACCACAUGUCGAAAGUUGGAGAGUACUCUCGUGAAUGCUUGAAACGCAAUUUGGCGGUUGUGACGGUGGGUUUUCCGGCCACGCCGCUGCUUCUUUCUCGUGUACGUUUCUGUGUCUCUGCUGCUCACACAAAGCAGGAUAUGGACGAAGCGCUCAAGAUUAUUGCAGAAGUGAGUGAGAUUUGCCACGUUCGCUAUCGCAAUUACACUUGUGGGUGA